CUCGUGGACGAAACCCGCGCUGUCUUGUAUUUUUUUUCAAGCUUCUGGAGCAUCGCACAUCUCUGUCGAGUUCGAUGCCAUUUUUCCCGCUGCAACCCUCGAAUUUGUACUUGAGUUUUGUCACGAAAGUCAUCUGCGGACGGCGGAGGAGGAGGGGCGGGCGUUCACAAAUCGUUUCCGCAUUUUCUUUAAUUCUUGCUUUCGUUUGGUAGCUAGAAAGAGCAAUUGGAGCGUUUCUCUGGUGUGAGCGCCGGCGAGCAAGGGAGGGCACUGGCGAUCUUGUUUGCAAAGCGAUUGAGAGGAAUGCGUGCGUGCUCUUCAGGGUGCUAGACUCAGAGAACUUUCCUAGUAUGCUCCCAGGCGCUUGGGAGGAGAAUUUUGUUGAAGUUCUUAUGCGGAUACUGGUCCCAGGCAGAUUGGAGGCGCACUGUAGUGGCGGUGGUGGUGGUGGAGGUGUAGGUAUGUAGGCUUGGAAGUGGAAGAUUGGAAACUGUCAGCAGGUUUUUGGCGUUUAUCAUUGAACAGUUUGAGGUUCAAGCUAAAGGUGUUGGGAAGUUGUGGUAGUGACUAGACCUAGUUUAUGCUGAACCGUGGUGCAGUUCCCAUUGAGAGAAAAAAAGAAAAAAGAAAAAAGAAUCUCGUAGUGGUUGGGGUCUGGGUAGAGUAUCGGGCGAUAGAUUGCCGAGAAACCACAGGAAUUUUCUAGGUUCCUCAGGGUUCGGAGGUUAGAUGUGUUGGGAGGGAUAUUGAAAUAUCUAGACAUAAGAGAAUGUUCUUUGUAUAGAAAGUGGGCUUGAUAGGAAUUUCCUGCUUAGUGAGAAAUUGGAGCCGUAACAAUUGCUUCGGCAAAUCCUAAUUAUCGCACUCAGUACUCCAUUUUUGAUCCUCGAUGGAUUGUUGACUUGCAUCUACAGAUCAUUAGUAUUGAACCUACCAAACUGCAAUUUCGACUAGCGAAAUUUUGUGGUUCUUGAUUUCGUUUGUUGUAGUUGUCCAAGUUGCGUUCACGGAGGCCUACAGGGUCGUGAGAGUUUUCAGUUCUCAGUCCUCUGCGAUUGCUGGUACUUCGUAUUCGAGUUCACGUCAGUACUGCAUUGGCCAGGAUACGGAGCCUACUCCAGGAGCUUAGAGAGGUAAUAACAAACUUGGCAAGUUCCAUUGUCAAUCUGGCUCAUCCUGCACUUAGCUCUGGUACACGAAUGGCUAUGGCGAGGGAGAAACGAUCGCUUGAUAUAGAUGCUUUCACAGAGGGCAUGCCUGAAGAGAAACGUCCCCGACCUCAACUUGCCAGUGUAAUAGUGGAGGCAGUGAAAAUGGACAGCCUUCAAAAAUUAUGCUCUACUCUCGAGCCUCUACUUCGGCGAGUGGUUGGAGAGGAGGUUGAGCGCGCACUUGCAAAGUUCGUUCCACCCAAAGUCGGACUUCGGUCCUCACCUAAAAGAAUACAAGGUCCAGACCAGCAAAAUUUGCGCUUGCAAUUUAGGAACAAACUGGCCCUCCCCCUCUUCACUGGAAGUAAAGUUGAAGGGGAGCAUGGCUCUGCGAUUCAUGUGGUUUUACAACAUGCCAGCACUGGCCAAGUUGUCUCCACUGGUCCAGAAUCCUCAACUAAAUUAGACGUUGUAGUUUUAGAAGGAGAUUUCACAGCAGAAGACGAGGGCGAUUGGACUCAGGAAGAAUUUGAAAACUACGAGGUCCGGGAGCGAGAUGGAAAAAGGCCUCUUCUCACUGGAGAUCUCAGCGUUAUCCUGAAGGAUGGGGUGGGGACUUUGGGGGAUUUGACGUUUACAGAUAACUCCAGUUGGAUCCGCAGUCGCAAGUUUCGACUAGGCGUGAAAAUCUCAUCCACUUGUUCUGAGGGCGUUCGAAUUCGAGAAGCUAAGACAGAGGCCUUCACUGUUAAGGAUCAUCGUGGUGAACUUUACAAGAAGCACUAUCCACCAGCCUUGAAUGACGAGGUUUGGCGAUUGGACAAGAUUGGGAAAGACGGUGCUUUCCACAAGCGUCUAAAUCAAGCUCACGUUCAGACAGUCGAGGAUUUUUUGCGCUUGGUGGCCAUGGAUCCUCAAAGGCUGCGUAAUAUGUCUUUGAGACUUGUCCAGAUACUGGGAAAUGGAAUGUCGAACAAGAUGUGGGAGGGCACUGUGGAUCAUGCGAAGACUUGUGUUCUGAGUGGAAAGUUAUACGUUUACUAUGCGGAUGAGAAACAAAAUAUUGGCGUCAUAUUUAACAACAUUUUCCAGCUUAUGGGACUUAUUGCUGAUGGUUCAUAUAUGUCCGUGGAUUCCCUCUCUGACAGCGAGAAGGUGUACGUGGACAAACUGGUAAAGGUAGCUUAUGAGAACUGGGAGAAUGUGGUGGAGUACGAUGGAGAGGCUCUGAUUGGUUUAAAGAAUUAUCAAGCCAAAAAUUUGGGUACCCGCACUGAGGAUUCUCCUGGUGAUCCUAAAAUAUUCAAUACACACUCGCAAGGUAGUGCGGGUAGUGGAGGAUCAGGAUCUUUUUCAUAUGAUCAGGAACUACAGAGAAUGGCUUCACGAUCACUUUCUGGUUCUGUUAGCCAGCUACCAGACAACCAUAGCAUUACGGGACCCGUUCUGCAAAUGAACAGCAGCAUUGAUAGUCACCAUCAAACUUUCCUAGAAAAUCCUUCUGAUAAUGCACUGAUUGUAGUGGGGCACACCGGGCUAACUGGACUAGCUCUAGGUCCCCCACAGAGUAGCAUGACUGCCUCAAGUUCUGGCAUGACUGGCAUAGCCCCUCCCGUAUCCAUGAUGAACGUUUCUUCAGGUGCCAAUGAUUUGCAGCAGCUUGCUCGAUGGGAUUUUAAGCGGCAGGAGAGUUUUGGCCUGAGGUUUCCAGUUAAUGGUAAUUUGUUUGGUGAGGAGAUCACAGAGGAUGAGCUUCGUGCGCGAAGCAUGGAGCUUUUAGAGAACGAGGACAUGCACACGCAGAUGCAGCAGCUGCUGCGCAUGUGUAACGGACAGGUUGAGGACAUUCCGUCCACUCCAUAUGGCUCUAUUCCUGGAGAUGAUGCUUUUCCAUUUAUUGGAUAUCCUGGUGACGAAGCUGUUGGUGAGCACAAACCCCCCCGAGCCAAUGGCAAGGCCUACAUAGGGUGGUUGAAGUUGAAGGCCGCUUUACACUGGUGUAUCUUCAUUCGGAAACGGGCAGCUGCAAGGAGGGCUCAGCUGGAAGAGGUUGAUGAGGAGUCAUGACAUGAUUCACGUGUAGUUGGUAGGAUAGAUUUUUUUUCAAGGAAUUUGAUUCCCUUUUGUGGUCGUCGACUCGUUUCGCCUCUGAUUACUCCUUUCGUAUCACUUGGGGCCUUUCGGAUCACUUGCAAAUUGUUGUCUUUAGGGUUUUCAGGAUCAAGUUUGUAUAGAGAGGCGAUGCUGUAAAUACUAGUUACAGUAACACACAAGGGCCAUGUCUCUUCAGCCCCUGCGAGUACAUUAUUGAAAUUUGGAUGUGUUUUGGUGAUGCAGGAGGGCAUACACUCUUUUGCUUGUGUAGUUUAGUUUAGUUUAGUUUAGGUUAAUUAAGUCUUUUGGUUUCUGCGAAAACGAAAUCCGUUUCUCGGUGAUUCCUGCCGCAUGUGCGGCUGUUUAUAUUUGAUGCGUUUGACUAUGAGCUAUAUCUCCUCAGUGAA